AAGAAGAAGAGAUGGGGAAGAAGACGAAGAAGCCGGGGAGGGGAAAGGAGAAGACGGAAAGGAAGACGGCGAAAGCCGAGGAGAAGCGAGUCCGCCGGGAGACCCGCAAGGUCUCCGCGGAAGACGACAUCGAUGCCAUCCUAAGAAGUAUACAGAAGGAAGAGGCCAAGAAGAAGGAAGUCCAUGUGGAGGAGAACGUUCCCGCCCCUUCUCCUCGUUCCAACUGUUCGUUGACAAUUAAUCCAUUGAAGGAGAUGGAGUUGAUUUUGUAUGGUGGAGAAUUUUACAAUGGUAACAAGACAUUUGUUUAUGGUGAUCUUUAUCGCUAUGAUGUAGAAAAAAAUGAAUGGAAGUUAGUAUCAAGUCCUAAUAGUCCACCUCCUCGUAGUGCUCAUCAGGCAGUUGCAUGGAAAAAUAAUAUUUAUAUAUUUGGCGGUGAAUUUACUUCUCCAAACCAGGAGCGUUUCCAUCAUUAUAAGGAUUUUUGGAUGUUUGAUUUGAAAACUAAUCAAUGGGAACAACUACUUAUUAAAGGAUGUCCAAGUGCACGCUCAGGACAUCGCAUGGUCUUAUACAAGCACAAGAUUAUUGUUUUUGGUGGCUUUUAUGACACUCUUAGAGAAGUGAGGUAUUUUAAUGAUUUGCAUGUUUUUGAUCUCGAUCAGUUCAAGUGGCAAGAAAUAAAACCUCGGCCUGGAUGCAUGUGGCCUAGUGCGAGGAGUGGUUUUCAACUUUUUGUUUUCCAAGAUCAAAUAUUUCUGUAUGGUGGCUAUUCAAAAGAAGUUGUAUCUGAUAAAAAUAGCUCAGAGAAAGGGAAUGUUCAUUCAGACAUCUGGUCUCUUGAUCCUCGGACAUGGGAAUGGAGCAAGGUUAAAAAGAGUGGGAUGCCUCCAGGGCCUCGUGCUGGGUUUUCUAUGUGUGUUCACAAGAAGCGGGCUCUCCUUUUUGGAGGUGUUGUUGAUAUGGAAGCUGAAGGCGAUGCACUUAUGAGCUUAUUUAUGAAUGAGCUCUAUGGCUUUCAGUUAGACAGCCAUCGGUGGUAUCCUCUGGAGCUACGGAAGGAUAAGUCUGCUAAAGACAAGGUAAAACGUUGCAAAAGAAAUGAACCCAUAAAGGAUUCUGCUUCUUCCGGCAAGGACAGUCGAGAUGAUAUAGAGAUGUCUGAAGCAAAUGAUGGGGAUGAGCAGGAGUAUUAUGAAGAGACAUCUGAUGUACAAUAUGGCACCCAGGAUGUUUCUCAUAUGACCAGAACUCUUUCCCUUGAUGAUGUUGCCUCAACCAGGGUAUCAGAUGUAAAGGUACAGGGACUGGGCUGUAAUUCUGAUCUGCAAGCAUGCAGCUCAUCAGAGACAGUAAAGCCUUGUGGGCGUAUUAAUUCUUGCAUGGUUGUGGGAAAAGAUAUGCUUUACUUGUAUGGAGGAAUGAUGGAAGUGAAGGAUCGAGAAAUUACACUCGAUGAUCUAUAUUCACUUAACCUCAGCAAACUUGAUGAGUGGAAGUGUAUAAUACCGGCAUCUGAAUCUGAAUGGCUGGAAGUUUCUGAGGAUGAUGAUGAUGAGAAUGAUGAUACUGAAGAUGAAGAAAGCAAUAGCGGAAGCGAUAGUGAUGGUACAGAAGAUGAUGAUGAUGCCGACGAUGAUACAAGGUCUGGGGAUGGUGGUGAAAGGACUCUAGACAUGGGAAAUGCUGUUUCUUUGUUAAGGGGAGAGAAAAAGAAUUUGCGCAGAAAAGAGAAACGUGCCAGAAUAGAGCAGAUCAGAGUCAGUCUUGGUCUUUCAGAUUCUCAAAGAACUCCAGUGCCUGGAGAAUCUUUGAAGGAUUUUUACCAAAGGACAAAUAUGUAUUGGCAAAUGGCAGCAUAUGAGCACACCCAACAUACUGGAAAGGAGCUUCGCAAAGAUGGUUUUGAUCUUGCUGAGGCUCGGUACAAGGAGCUCAAGCCCAUACUUGAUGAGUUGGCCAUACUAGAGGCAGAGCAAAAGGCUGAAGAGGAGCAAGGGGCAGAAACUAGUUCAAGGAAGAGAGACAACAAGAAAAAUAAGCAGAAAAUUCCACAGAAAUAGGCACCAUUUGAUAACUGUCAUGCAUCUAGACUGGUGCUAGCAGUUGCCCUAGAGGCAUUUUUUUUAUUGGUUGCCGACUAUUCUUGGCGAAGAAUCACGUCUUUUGGUUCCACCAUCUUGCUGUUCAUUAAGCUACCGGGUGAAGGAGAGCAAUUUUUUGUGCACCGCGCGUGGUGCAGAGUGCGGUGAUUCGCUACGCAUGCGGCGUGCAGUUUUCUGCUGCACAAAAAAUUUCGCGGGUGAAGAAAGAGGCACUUUGUGGGCCACGGCUCGCGAUUACUCAUCACUAGCUGUUUAU